AUGUCUGGAGGAAAGUCUGACCCAAAGUUUCCUCAGAGCUGCCUCAGAGGCAUGGAGCAGGACCCACCUUCCUAUGCUGAGCACUGUGGUUGCCUGGUUCCUCCAGGGAAGGCCUUCUUCCUGCCUGAAUGCAGAGAAAACUUUCAUUUUAUCUGGUUUGACUCCACGGAUCCUUUUCCAGUUCUCCGCCCAGUGAUGGGAAUGACAGGGAUCAGCCUGUGCUGUCCUCAGGGCCUUUUGCUCUGGUCACGUGACAGAUCGUUGGUGACGGCCUGCUUCUCUCCUGGUAACUUGUUGCCCACCUUUUGGCCAAGGCCCUUUGGCUCUGCCUCCUUCCUGGUUAUAGAUGAUCUGGGUCCCCAGGAACACAGAGCUGUUCUGCAGCUAAAGCUUCUCUUCUCCAUAAGACACUUUUAUUAA